AUGAUUCCCACCGAAUAUUGCUCUGGUUGUAAUCCAGUAAACAUUAGUGAGCAUGGUCCUUGUUCUUUACAUCCUUAUGGGAAUUCUGGAAAACAAGUUCCACCUCAGAUGUUUCAGGAAUCAAAACAAAAUCAAGUAACAGCUAGUGAAGAUGCGAGUGACUUUGACAUUGUUAAGGCUACUCAGUAUGGCCACCUAGAAAGAUGUAAGGAACUAAUCGAAGGAGGCUAUGAUGUUAACGAACCAGAUUCAGAGACAGUUACCUUAUUGCAUUGGGCAGCUAUAAAUAAUCGGCAAGAUAUUAUAAGAUAUUACGUCAGUAAAGGAGCUGUUGUUGAUGCUGUCGGAGGUGAACUAUUAGCUACACCUUUACAUUGGGCCACUAGGCAGGGUCAUCUUGGAAGUGUAACACUACUCAUACAGUACGGGGCCGAUCCAAUGAUCACCGAUGCUGAGGGUUGUGCUUGCAUACACGUCGCUGCUCAGUUUGGCCACACUUCUAUAGUAGCUUAUCUUAUAGCCAAAGGAGUUCCUGUCAAUUGCCAAGACUCUACGGGAAUGACUCCUUUGAUGUGGAGUUCCUACAAAGUUGCAAGUCUAGAUCCUACAAGACUUCUUCUUACUUUUGGGGCUAGUACAACGAUGCAAGACUCAGUAAAAGGCAAUACUGCUCUUCAUUACGCUAUCGAAACAAGAAAUACUUUAGCAGUAUCUUCCCUGGUUUCAGCAGGAGCUAAUUUUGACAUCACUAAUAUACAGGGACUGAGCGCGUACAGUUUAUUAUCUUCCCCAAAGACUUCUUCUUGGCUUGGAAAAAAAGUCUUAGAUAAAGUUGCAGAACAUUCUGCUUUAUUACAGAGAAAUACAAUCUGUGGUCGAAUAACUGGUGAUAAGAGAUUAAGGUAUUAUACUAUGAUAUCAGUUCCCUUCCUAAUAUUUUAUACCGUGGGAAUGACUCUAGACUCAACACUUCCUUAUCUUGGGAAAGCUGGUUUAUUGUUUGGAGCUGGACUCCUCGUACACACUGCUUCCAGGCACCUUCUUGAUGAAUCGUUAAUAAAUAUUCUACCUAUGUCAUUGUAUUUUGCAACUAAGUUUUACUUCUAUUUGACAUGGCUUAUUUGGUUGAGUCCUGCUAUGUCCACUUUGACUUCUUUAGUUUUCCUCUCUGUAUCUCUCAUCUUGUGGCAUUUCUUCAUAAAAUCCUGGAGAGGAGAUCCUGGCAUUGUUGCUACAACACAAGAUCAGAAAUUUAGGACUAUCAUUGAAUUAGCAGAACGAGGAGGAUUUGAUACUCAGUAUUUUUGCAGUUCCUGUUUAGUAAGAAAACCAAUUCGGUCAAAGCAUUGCUCCGUAUGCAAUCAGUGUGUUGCAAAGUUUGACCAUCACUGUCCUUGGGUCAACAACUGCAUAGGUGCCCGCAAUCAUCGUCAUUUUAUAGGGUAUUUGAUUAUGCUUGUUGUGAUGUGUUUAUUUCUUCUCUAUGGUUGUUCAAAAUUUUGGACUGCUGCUUGUCCCUUACGGCUGACUUAUCCAACUUUUUGGCACAAAUUGUGGGCUAUUGCUAUUUGUGACUCAUGGGUUUUUUGGAUAGCAUUGAAUGCUCUUCUUCAUACCUUAUGGGUCUCAAUGUUGCUUGCAUGCCAAGCUUAUCAGAUUAGCAUUCUUGGCAUGACAACUAAUGAAAGAAUGAAUGCUGGUCGCUAUGGUCAUUUUUCAUCUGGUAAGUCACCAUUCUCACGAGGACCUUUACAAAAUUGCGUGGAUUUCUUCAACAUUCGAUGUUUAGGCCUUCUACGACCGGAUAAUACAGACUGGAUGGCAACUUACCAUAACACACCUGGAAUAGCUCCUCAUGGUUACCAGUUUGUAUAG